CCUGUGAUGAAAGUUUGACCGUAUCACUUUAUUCCAGGAAAUGCUCUAAAACGUUUUUGGCGACUCGCCAAAACACAAAAGAAUUUCCUGCGAGUUGCGAAGCGGCUGCGUGUCGCUCAUCCAGCGCCGGCUAUCGCGGACACGGACGGCCGCGGAGGAGCCGCUUCCCCACUGCCGAUUCGUGUAGGAAGUGCGAGACGGGAAGGAGGAAGAUUAAACUGCCCACUUCCACCCCAUGAGCCCCAGCUGCGUCUCCUCGGCUCGUCACUGUGGACAUCAAUGGAAUGGACUUCAGGACUCUUGUAUCUUAUUUUCUGUCCCUCUUCCUAGUUUGAGGAUUAAGAAGGGAGACUGGAAAAUCUCCAAGUUAUGGGAACGUUGGAGGACGUUAUGAAUUGCACCCUCAGCUAUGAGAUCCACCGAUACCUGUUUUCUGCAGUCUAUACCCUUGUGCUGCUGAUUGGCCUUCCUGCCAACCUGUACUCCCUGUACCAUGCAUGGCAGCAGCUGCGGGCACGCAAUGAGCUGGGCGUGUACCUGCUGAACCUGACCCUCUCCGACCUGCUCUACAUGGCCUCGCUGCCCCUCUGGCUGCAGUAUGUCUUCCAGGGUGAUAACUGGAAAUACAAGGAGUGGCUCUGUCAGCUCUGCGGCUUACUGCUCUAUGAGAACAUCUACAUCAGCAUCGGCUUCCUCUGCUGCAUCUCCAUCGACCGCUACCUCGCCAUCGUCUACCCCUUCGGCUUCGCCAAAUUCCGGACCGUGCGGGCAGCCAUUAUAGCCAGUGCUCUCAUCUGGCUGAAGGAGCUGAUUGUGGGCGUGAACUUCUUCUACCACAAAGAGCUCACCCCAGCUGUAGCCAACCAAUCGGUCUGUUUUGAACAUUACCCAAUGAAAGAUUGGGAGAGGCCCAUCAACUUCUAUCGCUUCUUUGUAGGGUUCCUGUUUCCUCUCAGCAUUCUGUCCGUGUCGUACCUGCGUGUCCUGCGGGCCGUGAACAAGAGUGUGGGAACCCAGAGCUCGCAGAAGAGGCGCAUUAAGCACCUAGUGAGCAGCACCAUAGUGAUCUUCCUGGUGUGCUUCUCCCCUUACCACCUCUUCCUGCUGGUGCGCACCGUGUUUGAGGAGGACUGCCGCUUCAUAGAGAGCAUCUUCAACUACUACCAUUUUGCGCUCGUCCUCACCAGUUUCAAUUGUCUGGCUGACCCUCUGCUUUACUGCUUCGUCAGUGAGAACGCCCAGCGCGACAUCCAGUGGGCUCAGGAGUCCUGCUUACGACUGGUGUGCCGCACGCGUGUGAACAGCCCCAGUAACACAACUGACGUCCCCGUAACAAUACAGAACAGCACUGGAGUGAUACUGGUAGAGCAGCCAGCCAAACAGGACUUACAGGGACAAUGAAAGUUUGGCUGGGCCUGGCAGCCACACUAAUGUGCUGGACUGGCUUAUAGCAAAAGACUCAUCAAAGGAUGGUCAUGCAACCAAACAUUGGGUCUGCAGCAGUAUUUAACCUCUUAAGCUUGAGUGACGUGUAUUUUAAUGGUCGUUCUCAGGGAUUUCCGGCUUCCUUCCACAUAUCAUUAUGGUGUAUACACUCAGAGAAAACAGUUUGUACCUUUGCUUGUCACUGGGGCUGUACCCUCAAUGGUCUGCUAAGCUGAACUCUUAGCUGUAGGUAAUUGUAUCUGGACUCUGAGGAACAUUUCUGUACCAUUGAUGGCACAUUAAUGCUGUUUGUACCUUCUGGAUGUUCCUCAGGGUCCGUAUCCGAACCUUAAAAGGUACAAUUACAAGAGUACAGCCCCAGAAAUAAGCAAAGGUACAAAUUUUUACCCUUUUUCUGAGAGUGUAGAUUUCCACACUUUGAACCAGCCAGGUUCUUGUCAUGGCAUUACAGUGUGCAGAAGGACAGUCUUCCUAUUCUAAACCUUUUGUCCAUCUGUUUCUUCAGGUAGAUGAUGAUGAUUGUGUAGGUCAGUAAUGUUCGUUUUCACGCUAUAGCUUGAACAAGCCAUCAGAAUGCUGUCUGAUAUUUCAAGCAAUCUUCCAUAACAUUUUCAAAAGAAUGAGUGUCAAAAGUAGAAAUAAGCAUCAAUUGUAUAAGAACAAAUUGUGAGAAUUGAAUGGGCUGUACUACAGCUUUCCAGUGCUUAGGGCUUUUCAGUCUCUAUUUUGAUCUCAGGUGUUCGGGAAUCAUACUUUGACUUUAGCCUAUAACAGUGUUUCUCAAUCCGGUCCAAGGAGAUCUAUUGAAGGUCCAUGUUUUUGCUCCCUUCCAGCUCCUGAUAGGGAGCAAAAACGUUGGUUCCCAAGGACCAGAUUGGGAAACGCUGCCCUGUAACAUCUUGUCCAGAAUGUUUCCUGCCUCCUGCCCAGUUGCUGGUCAGGCUAACAAACUACGCACCUGGUUAUCAGACAAAGGCAUUCAGGUAGGAUGACCCUUACCUUCUAAUUCCAGGAGUUUACAAUCUACCAAAAGCACAGGCACUUUGAUAUUAGAGAAUUCUACAGCGAAGGGACGUGAGGCAGCCGACAGAGACUCACAGAGAGUGUGUGGGGUGAGAGCUAUUCUUCCCCAGCAGGCUGUGCAACCUAGAUGACUUUGCCAGAGCUUUGGCACCCUGGGGGAGGCAGAGAAUAUGGUAGUGAAUAAACUGGCCUAUUUCAAGCUAUUUUACAAAGGUCAAAUGUGUAGAAACUGACCAGACUGAAUGACCGUGGUUGCUAACUGCACUUGGAGAGUAUUUGAUACUUUGCCUCAAGCCAAUACUUUUGGUUUUUAUAGAAUAAGAGAAGACAGUGAGCAAAGCACAGUCCCUGCCCAGCUCUGAGUAGUACCGUAAAUACACGUCACAUAUGUGAAAGUAUUAUAGAUGUCAAGGUUGGGUAUUGGAGUUCGAGUCCUUCAGUGUUUUUCGUGGAGGAAAAUAUUUUAAUGCACAGCAAAGGGUCUUCUUCAGAAACAUUCACAUUACUAUAAGCAUCUUGUGAAUUACUUGCUCUUCAUUGUACAGCCUCAAUAUAAGAUUGUAUAUAUGUAUAGUGACAGUAUAUUUGCACUUUUAACCAUUUUGAAAUGUCAUUUAUUUGCAUAAUUACUUUGUGUGUGUGUUUCGCCCUACUUUCAGUUCUGCAUUACACAAAUGCUAUAAUAUCCUUGGAAUAAUUGCCCAAACUGCUUACCCUGCUAAUGUACAUGUUUAAAAGACUUGGGUAGAAGGUAAUAUUAUGUAAAAAAAAAAAAAAUCUAAUAAAGUAUAAAGUUUCUUUUA